AUGCAGGAACCUAAAUCAUAGACUAAUACUUAAUAUAAAUAUUUCAGCUAUGAACUCUUAUCUAGGUUAAAAAUUAAUUAACUUAAAUGCCGUGUCCUUUCAAUUGAUGACAAAAAGAAUCUUGUUUUUUUUUCAACACAAAAAGGCCUCUCGAUUUACUAAUUAAAAAAUGGAAUGUUGAUGUAACUCUCUCAAAUCAACUCCUAAAAAGAUGUGUCUGCAAUUACAACUUUUAUGACUAGAUCUUUAUUUCUUACAGGAUAAUAUUCUUCAUCAAUUAUUGUAUGGUCAUAUAAUUUAAUGUUUAAAGGAAAAUACUUGAUGAAAUUGAAAAAACACACUAAUAACAUUUCAUGUCUAAUUAUAUACCCUAACCCAGAAAAUCUUAUUAUUAGUGGAUCACAUGAUGAAACAAUAAAAUUUUGGUAUCUGACCCCAUCAAGUUCAUUUAAUUGCUAUUAGACUAUAAAGGAACAAGAAUGCUCAGUUUUGGCAUUAUCAUUAAAUUAAAAAGGUGAUACUUUAAUCUCAUGUGAUGAUUUUAAUUUAAUUUUAAUUAUGAAUGGUUCCUACACAUCUAAAUGGUAAGUUAAAUAAAAGAUCUAGUUAAAAGGAGAGAGAUUAACUUUUCUCUCAAAUCAUUCAUUUGCUAUAUAACACAGAAACUCUGAAUUUAUUUUUUUUUAUGGGUAAGAUUACACCUCUGGGUAAUAUGUUCGAAUAAACAAACUUCAAAUUAAAGGCUGGAGAUAAUAUGACAGAGGACAGUUCUUUUAAUAUUUCAUCCCAUCUAAAUAAAUCCUACUAAUAAAAAAUGGAUAUACUUUAAAUUUAAUAAGAUUCACUUUAAUUUCCUCUUCUUAUUGCGAAUGUUACCUUGAAUAAUCAAUAGCAUUUUAAUAAAAUAGUGAAGUUGGUGGAGUAUAUGGAACUAUGAGUAAAGAUGGGCAAUUUUUGAUAACUUAUGAUGAUGAAUCUUGUGAAAUUUAGAUAAGAAAAUAUGUGGAAAAAAUAUGA